CUUCCCGCCAUAUUUAUACCCGCGCGCGAAACGGCCAUUUGCGCUUCGAGGUCCUGUGCAUCCUCAAUUCUGUGCUGGGAGUAGCGAAACAUGGUGAUGGAUUGCUCGCCGAGAGCUGCCGUGAUGCUCGCUCUGCUCCUCGUCUGCUUCCUAUCAGGUGCAAAGGCCAGGCAGUUCACGAUCAUCAACAAGUGCGAGACGACGAUCUGGCCGGCGGUGACGCCGUCGCCGAGCGACAGCUUCGGGGGCGGCGGGUUCGAGCUCAAGUCCGGGCAGUCCAUCGUCUUCACGGCGCCCCCCGCGUGGUCGGGCCGCAUCUGGGGCCGCACCGACUGCGCCUUCGACGGGUCCGGGACCGGCAAGUGCGGGACGGGCUCCUGCGGCCCCAACCUCAAGUGCUCCGGGGCCUCUGGCGACCCGCCGGCGAGCCUGGCCGAGUUCACGCUCGCCACGCCCGACUUCUACGACGUAUCCCUCGUCGACGGCUUCAACCUGCCCAUCACGGUGAACCCCGUGAACGGCCACAGCCCGGGCAACUGCUCGGCGGCCGGGUGCGACGGCGACCUCCGGGAGACCUGCCCGGCCGAGCUUGCCGUCAAGGGCGCCGGCGGGAAGACGGUGGCGUGCCGCAGCGCCUGCGACGUGUUCAACACCGACCAGUACUGCUGCCGCGGCAAGUUCGCCGGACCGUCGACCUGCCCGCCCACCACCUACUCCAAGAAGUUCAAGGAGGCGUGCCCGACGGCCUACAGCUACGCGUACGAUGACCCCAGCAGCCUCUUCCAGUGCUCCGGCGCCGACUACGUCGUCACAUUCUGCUCAAACAGGAAGCAAUCGGUGUGCUCGUACCACAACAACAAGCUCGUGUGCAAUGGCUCCAGCCGACGCCUGCCGGUCAUGUCUGCGGCCCUGAUGCUGGUGCUGAUCUUGGGCUCCGUGGCACUGCAGUUUUCGGCGUGGUGAAGGAGGAUCGAGGAAAACAAAGCAGAGGUGCAUUUGCUCCAACGAAUUUGUGGUUUUCUUUGGAGAUGAAGUACUAUCAGUGAUCUUUCUUAACCGAUUUCAAUCGUUUGUUCUGUCAUGUAAAAAUGGUGUGGAACGGAGGCAUUGCACUCCUCUGUAAACUUUGCAUUGCCACAGGAAACACGAACAAAGUUUCUGUGAACAUA